AUGGCAUCUCACACAGCAGACGAGUCGCUCAAGCAUGGAGCCCACCAGAUCGAAGAGGUGUUCGGCGCUCAUGCCAUCGUCGAUGCUAAGCACGCCUCCGAUGCCGAACACAAUACGCCGCUCAUGGAAGUCAUCAAGAAGAACCGCAAAGCCAUUGCUUGGUCCAUGGUCAUGUCGAUGACUGUUGUCAUGGAAGGCUACGAUACCAUCUUGAUGUCGAGUUUCUUCGCCUACCCAUCCUUCGCUAAGAAGUUUGGCGAAUACAAUGCGGCUACCAGCGAUUAUCAACUUACUGGUGCUUGGCAAACUGCUCUCAAUAAUGCGAGUAAUGUCGGUAUUGUUCCUGGUAUCUUCUUGAACGGCUGGCUCGCUGCAAAGUACGGCUACCGCAAGGUCAUCAUUGUUGCUCUCUUCUUCCUCAACGCCUUCAUCUUCAUCACGUUCUUCGCUCCGAACAAGCCUGUCCUUGUCGUCGGUCAGAUUUUGUGUGGUUUCAGUUGGGGUGUCUUUGCAACAAUCGGCCCGGCUUAUGCUUCUGAGAUUGUGCCUUUGCAACUCAGAGGCUACCUGACAUCCUACGUCAAUCUGUGCUGUCUUGUCGCCAGAACUGACCAGUGGUCCUACCGCAUCCCUUUUGCCGUUCAAUGGGCAUGGCCUGUCCCUCUCAUGGUUGCCUGUUUCUUUGCUCCAGAGUCGCCGUGGUAUAUGGUCCGCAACAAUCGACUCGCAGACGCCGAACAUAUCCUCAAGCGCAUCUCCACCAACACCAGCGAAGAUGAAAUCAAGGGCACACUGGCAAUGAUGGUGCACACUACUGAGAUUGAAACUCAACUCGACAAUGAAGCGUCGCAGUCAUCUUACUUGCAAUGUUUCAAGGGCACUGAUCGCCGACGAACCGAAAUUUGCUGUAUGACAUUUAUGGGCCAACUUUUCUCAGGCAGAAGAAAAAUCUACACCACGGGCAUGGGUGUUCUCUGUGCUUUACUCUUCAUCAUCGGCAUUGUUUCCGCAGCCAGCAAAUCCGACGACGUGAAGUGGGUAGCCGGGGCUCUGACCGUGGUAUGGCUAUUUACUUAUUCGCUUACCGUGGGGCCUGUGGCAUACACUAUUGUCAGUGAAACCUCUGCCAUCCGCGUUCGUGCCAAGACGUCUUACUUUAUGAAUCCUACCGAGUGGAACCUCAAAGGCAAGACCGCAUUCUUCUGGUUCGCAACCUCUUUCCUCACAUUCGUGUGGGCUUACUUCCGUUUGCCCGAAGCCAAGGACCGCACGUACGAAGAGAUGGAUCUGCUAUUCACGAAGGGUGUCUCUGCAAGAGAAUUUGCAAAGUACAAGAUCGAUGCGUAUGCUGGUGCUGCUGUGGAGAGCAAGGAACAGAUUCUCUAUGAGGAGAAGGUUGCUGGUAAUGUGAAGUAG